AUAUCUAAUCGAAAAAAAUAAAAAUCGUGUUUAUUAGAUUGCGUUCUAUUAAGUAAAAUAUAUAUGGCCGCGAGAAUGACAUAUAAUGACGGAAUGCCAGAUCAACAAUUUCUUUGGGAUGUGUUUCAAAGAGUGGACAAAGACAGGAGUGGUCAUAUCUCCGCAGACGAGCUACAAGUGGCCCUUUCGAAUGGAACUUGGUCUGCAUUUAAUCCCGAAACGAUCCGUUUAAUGAUUGGAAUGUUCGAUCGCGAAAAUAGAGGAACCGUAUCCUUCCACGACUUUGGAGCAUUGUGGAAAUAUGUAACGGACUGGCAAAAUUGCUUUCGGUCAUUUGAUCGUGACAAUUCCGGCAAUAUAGACAAAACUGAGCUUAAAACAGCACUGACGUCAUUUGGUUAUCGUUUGUCUGAUCAACUAAUUGACAUUUUACUUAAAAAAUUUGAUCGCUUUGGACGUGGUACUAUUCUUUUUGACGAUUUCAUUCAAUGUUGUAUAGUGCUAUAUACUUUAACAACUGCGUUUCGUCAGCAUGACACGGAUAUGGAUGGAAUCAUUACAAUACAUUAUGAACAGUUUUUGAGCAUGGUUUUUUCUUUAAAAAUAUAGUCUUAAAUAAUAAACAUUUUAAUAAAUGCAAAUAUUAAAAGCCUU